AUGUCUGACGAAGAAGAUGAAUUAGGUGAAGAAGAACAAUCCGAUAAUCUAGGUACCUAUGAAGGUGAUCGAAACGAGAAUGACGAACGGCAUGGUUUCGGUAAAGCAAUAUUACCGAAUGGAGACACCUAUGAAGGACAGUAUGAAAACGGCAAAAGACAUGGAACUGGAACAUAUCGAUUUUCCAAUGGUGCUCGUUAUGUAGGUGAGAUUGAAGUUCCUUGGUCAUUUCUUGAAACUGUUUGCCCUUUCGAAUCAGGUGAAUAUCAAAAACACAAACGUCACGGACGAGGCACGUUUCACUACCCCGAUGGUUCGAAAUAUGACGGCGAGUGGAAUGAAAACAUCCGUGAAGGUCAUGGAACUUAUACAUAUCCGAAUAAUGACACUUAUGAAGGUGAAUGGAAGAAUAACCAACGAUAUGGAAAGGGAACGUAUACAUAUGCGACAACAAAAGCACAGUAUAUUGGCACAUGGAUAGAAGGCAAACGACAAGGACCUGGCGAAAUGCAAUUUGCUCAAUACAGAUAUAUAGGAAAAUUUCAUGAAAAUUACGUUACGAAUCAGAUAUUGCCUUGUCCUAAUCAGUUUGUCUCUAUGAUAAUUGAUCCUAAUUACUUUCCAUUCCCAAAAGGAAAAGGUAGAUUUGUUUUCAAAAAUGGUUAUCAACAAAACGGAGAGUACUACAUCACGACAAUCAACGAUGAAGAAGAUUCGGGAGCACCAACUCAAAUUCAGUACAGAUGGAUAGCAAAGAACGUUACGGCAAUUCAACAAGACGUGCCUUAUGCCGAUGUAAAUGAUGAACCUGUUGAUACCAAUCGAAUUGAAGAAUUAGUUCAUAAAUUUAAAGACGAAGGAUUAAGCAUUACAGAAGAACCGGACGAAGCACAACCGAUGCAUGUAGUACCUGAUGCUAAACAUGUGGAGAGCGUUGAAACUGAACAAGUCAAUGAUGGUAACACAAGAAAGUUCCUGGUGCAGAACAGUUUGACGAGGACGAUCGAAAUUGAUUAUAUGCUUUUUUUGUAUAAAGUUUAA